UAUUAGAUAUUCAUAUAUCGAUGUUUGCAAGAGAUAUAAAAACAUCGAUACACCCAUUGAUGUUUCUCCACCCCUAGUAGAUUUGGUUUUGGAAAAUUCCCGAAAUCGCUGCGAGGCUGGAACCAAGUCGAUCCUAGCACAAACCCAUCCAAAAAAGCACAAAUCCCGCAGAUAUAUAGAGAUCCGCAGCUAUGGCCGACGAUUGGGAAUCAGCAGCAGACAGUGAAGUGGUCAUCCUGCCGAAUGUAGCCGCCAGCGUAAACAAAUGGGAGGGCGAGGACGAGGAUGAGGACAUCAAGGACAGCUGGGAGGACGAGGAGGAGAAGAAGGACGAGGAGAAGCCCACGAAAACAGAAGUCCCAGCCAAAACCAAGCCAAGCAAGGCACUAAAGGCCAAGUUGGAGCAGCAAGCGCGGCUGGAGGAGGAAGCGGAGGCGGAACGACUGGCCAACCUAUCGCCUGCGGAUAAACUGGCCGAGAAGCUGCGCCUGCAAAAGAUCCAGGAGGCCUCGGACCUUAAACACGCCCAAGACGCCUUUGGCGUGACGAGUACGAGCGGCGGCCUCGACGCUUUCAAUCCGGAAAGCAAGGAGGAGUUCAAGGAGUUUGGCUCCACGCUCAGCUGGAAGGUGGCCCAGUUCCGGGAAUCGGAGCACUUCCCCCAGUUCGUCGAAGAUCUGGUGCGCAGCCUAUGCGUGAAUCUGAGCGCCGCUGACAUCAAAAAGGUCAAAAUGAACGUGGAGAUAUUGCACUCGGAAAAGCUGAAGCUGGAAAAGGCCAAUGCCAAGAAGCCCGCUGGCAAGGGCAAGGGCAAGGUCACGCUGCGCACCGAGAACGACGACAUUGACGGCUACCAAAAGUACGGCAAUGACUUCACCGAAGACUAUGACGACUUCAUGUGAAUAGGAACUAUAUUGUAACCCGCAUAUAUCUAAUUAUUGAAUACAUAGUUGCUUGUUGAAGAGUUCUUCUUGUUAGAGAUGCUGCGCAGGAAAUUGAGUCCUUUGUUGAAUAUAAAAAAGCAGAACCUAUAUAAAUAUGUACAUAUAUAUUUAUAUGACCGUACAGAACACAAAACAAAACUAAAAACAGUCAGUCAAUCAAGAAACCUCAACGAACACGCAAAACCAACUCCAAACCGAAAGAAUAUUUAGGCAACUGACUUGUGGCAAAUGCAUAUGUCGUAUUCGGAAUGGCUUCUUGUGAAAUUCACUUUUGUAUAAAGAAUAAAUCUACAGAUCGAUAUUAAA